GUGACUGAAUCUACUUGAUUUUGUAAAUAUUGCAGUUUAAUAAUUUAAUAACUUUAUUGAAAAAUACGAUAGUAUACAAAAAUAUCAUUUAAGAAAAAGAAGUUAAAAAUAUUGUAAUUAUAUCAAUUAGCAAAAAUUUUAAAGUGAAAUAAAUAAUAAUAAUAAUAAAUGAAGAAAAUAUAAAACUAUUUAUUUAAAAUCAUCUUGAAUCGUGUUGAUCACGGAAAUUAAAAAAAAAAAAGUGCGAUAAAUUAUUUUUUAAAAAGGAUAUGACAACAGUAAACCAGAUUGUCAACGAUAAUGUUACAGAGAAUAAUAAAUAUAAUGAAAAUUACGAAGAAGAUUUAGAACUGAAAGAAGAUGUUAUCUUAGAAUUAAAACAGUUUCCACAUAUUUUGCAAUUCAUACAUAAAUGUCAAUUUCAUAUAAGACAUCAAAGUGCAUUAAUUGCAAAAUUGGAGGAAAAAAUUUUGAAAUUGCAAGAUCAACAGUUUUGCAAAUUACGAAAAAGUUUUACAAAUUCUGAAACACAAACCAAUUUUUGUGAUGGAGAUGCAUCUGAGACUGAAAUUAUUAAAACAUGGAAUUCAGCUACAGAAGAAAGUAGUUCCAAUUUCAUUGAACAAGUUAAGGAAGUGGCUGAACUUGCAGUUCAACAAACUGGAUUUGUUUAUGAGGAAACUUCGGGAUUAUACUACGAUUAUAAUACCGGAUAUUAUUAUGAUGCAAAACUGGGUUUAUAUUACGAUGGAAACUCUGGGAUAUACUAUUACUACGAUGAACAAAGUAAUACUUAUAAAUUCCACAGCCAAACAUAUGUCGAAGAAAAAGUUGAACAGAAUAAAGAAUUUAAAGUAAAAGCAAAGCGGAAAUCAAGCAAAGUAAAUAGGCAUAAAGGAAAUAAACAUAGAAUGAUUUGUGAAAAUUGUCCAUGUAACGAACCUGAGGAAGGAGAAUGCUCAGAGAGUAAUACUAGUUGCAGUAGCCAAGAUCUUGGUUCCACUCAAUCGACAAGUGACGAAAGCAAUGACGAUGAUGAAAGAGAUUUGGCGAAAACUUAUCCACCGUGUAUGCGAAUUGUCGUCAAAGAGACAAAUCUUUCAAAAUUGAAACUGGGAACUCUGUUUUUUAUUCCUUAUACUGGAGGAACAAUUGGACGAGAAGGAAAUCACAAUGUUUUAAUUCAAGAUAUAAAUAUUAGUAAGCAUCAUGCUAAAUUUCAAUACAACGAAGACAAAAAGUUAUAUGAAAUAAUAGACUUGGGUUCUCGGAACGGUACAAUUCUUAAUGACAUAAGAUUGUCUGUAGCGAAACAAGAAUCAGUUCCACAUGAAGUAAUACACGGCUCUAUUUUGCAAAUUGGCAGCACAAAACUAUUGUGCCAUAUUCACAAAGGAUAUGAGACAUGUGAAAAUUGCGAACCUGGCCUUUUACUUGAAAAUUCUACUAUUAAUGAUACGUACAUUUCAAAAAUACAACAACAUAAAUCUGAACUACGAAGGUUAAAAACAAAAUUCGGCGUAAAAAGUAAUAAUGACGUUGCCGCUAGUAAUGUGGCAUUGGGUUAUCAAGACAGAGCACAAGCAAGAAGACAAUGCAAUGGUUCUUCUGAUCAAUAUGCUAAAACGGAACAAAGUUCUUUAGAAACUUUCAUUGCAAAGGACAAUAAAGGUUUCAAACUAUUGUCUAGAAUGGGCUGGUCGGAAGGACAAUCACUUGGCAAAGAAGGCGAUGGUAUAGUAGAACCUGUACCGUUUAUGCAAAACUCUAGUAAAUCUGGCUUCGGAUAUAAAGAUUCAAACUUUAUUUCAGUAGAUGAGAACUCAUUGACAAAAAAAAAGCAAAAACUUUUAGAAAAAAUGCAAGACCGCUACAGCAAACUGUCAAAUUAAAAUUUAUUUUAAUUCUUAAAUUACAACAUAAUUCGUGUGACGAGUAAAAAACAGUUGUUAAUUUUGUAUCAAGACGUUGAAGUAAUUGAGAAGAUAUUUCGGCAUAAUAGUUUUAUAUUAUUUAUUCAUUAUACUAUUUAAAAACAAUUUACACCACAUUUAGUAUCUAUUUGUCAAAUACUGAAUUACAUUAUAAUUUGCAGUAAAGUCUCUUAUAACACUCGAAUAUUCAGGAUAUCUUGAGGACAUCCAGAGGUUCGGAUAACUGAACCACCAAAAGCCUCUGGACAUACCUAAGGUGCCCAUAGGAUAUCAGGGUGUUAUUAGGGGUUUUAAUUUAUAUUGAUUCCUUGUUGUGAAAGUACUGUUGUCAAGAAAUUUUAUUAUAGACAUAUUUAAAACGGAUCAAUUGUUUUAUGAACAAACAUUUCAUGACAUAUUAAUGGAUUUUUUUAUAUAUAUUACUGUAUUUGGUUACAUGCCAAAUAACUUUAUUACUUAUUAGAAAAGAUACAUUAUAGAAACUA